AUGUUCUGUCUUGACCCUGGCUUUACCCCUGUCGAAUUUCACACCUUAUCGUACUACACAUUUUUGGCUUGCGAGGUUCUCUCCAAUGGCAUGCAAGCGAUAUGUACCAAUAUGAAGCUGCGAUGUCUAUCAUGGGACCGCAUCGCCAAGUGUUGUGAAGUGCUUAUGGUGAUCUUUGUUUGCAUGGCUUCUGUCAUCCUUGUGCUAUACACCACGGUGCUUGCCUACUUGCCAGGACAUACUACUUAUUCUGUGAUUUGUUUCCUCAUUCUCCUGCCGAUAUGUGGUGCCAUUAUUGGUUUCCAAUUUUGGGCCUUUUGCUGCGCCAUUUCCCAGGCCAAGGCACACUAUCUGGACAACUGGGAAGAUGUUCGCUCGACAGUCCUUCUGUUACGCAUCAAUGCCUUACUGACGCUGAUUGGGCCCCUGAUCUCAGGUGUUGCAAUUGCAUGUGUGGCGAACGAGAUCUUUUCACGAAACACAAACAUCACCCGGCUUGCUGGUUCUGAACUGCUGGUUGCUUUUGAGUUCGGUCUUCAAAUCUUCAACUCACUUGUGCUAUGCGGAAUGGUUGGUCCAUGGAGUAGGCCUACCGAGGCUUUCACUGAGCUUGCUACACGUGGCUUUGUGGUUGCCAAGCGCGUGCCGUUUAAAGGAAUAAUCAACCCUGAAGCUUGCGGCUGCAUUGCCUCCUUCCCUGGAAAAUACGCUGAGCGGUGGGUUGAAGCUGUAGCUGAGGCAACACAGUCAAAGGAUUGCUCUGUUGCCUGUGUGUUCCUCACUGAUGCAGCGUCAGGACUUGGAAUGCACGCGCGCAAUCCUGAAACAGAUGAGUGCUGGUGCAAGGCUCUGUAUGGUGACGUGCCUGCCGAAGCAUACCUCAGCAUUGUGGACAAGCACGACAAGGACCUUCUCUUCAGAAGGGCUGAUGCAGAAGCCAUGGGUCAACAUUUGCUCAUCAAAGACUCCAGUCUCAGCCAGCUUGAAUGGGACACCAAGAAGGAAGCAGCAAUGUCCCUGGUAGAGAAGAUGUCUCGAAAUAACAAUCGUCGAGCCCCCUGGGGCUGCCAAUGGUUUGAAGAAUGGAUGAAAAACAUUGAAGCAGCCUCAGUGCAGAAUCAACAGCUGCACGUCUUCUAUUUUGAGAACUCAGUUGGGCAAGGCAAAGUUUCAUGGUCCGAGCUUUCAAACAAAGAUGCCAUCGAAGCGGCUCGAAAGUCCACAGGCCUCGGGGCUUCCCAAACGGCGGAGGUGGCCUACCUCGACAAGCUGGGUUUGCCGUAUGUCGAGCAUGAUGUGAUGGACUUUCCUGAAGUCAUAGCACGAUUGAGAAGGAGGUCGCUGUGA